GACUGUCACGUGAGCUUUCCUUCAGUCAUCACGUGACUUAGCUUGUCCUGUUUCGCUUCCACACUAGUUUCAUAUUACCUUCUGCAGUUACAUAUUAUCCUGUUUUAGCAGGGUGCAACAGUCUUAAACACGAAAAGAAACGGAUAAUAAGUCUGCCACUUUUAACAGCUACACCGAGGCGUCGCGUGCCAACAGGAAGUGCAGGCAACCUACUAUCCCUGUGGAAACAUUAGCUUAGCAUAGCCGGCUGCUAACGCUAUGAGGCAACUAUUAGCCAGUUGGUAAUCUCUCUGUAGCUCGUUCAUCAUACCUUCAGCGGCUGAGAAGUAUGUUGUCCCUGAGGAAUGUUCAGCAGAGAUGAACAGUGAAAACUUCACCCUCUGUGAGAAGGUCGUCGCUCCCUCCUACGUCCGACAGGGCUCUCAGGCGCGUCGUGGCCAUGAGCAGCUCAUCAGACUCUUACUGGAGCAGGGUAAGUGUCCUGAAGAAGGAUGGAGUGAGAGCACCGUGGAGCUCUUCCUGAAUGAGCUGGCUGUUAUGGACAGCAAUAACUUCCUGGGGAACUGUGGCGUUGGAGAGCGGGAAGGCCGGGUGGCGUCCGGUUUGGUGGCGAGGCGACACUACAGAUUAAUCCACGGCAUCGGUCGGUCAGGUGACAUCGCUGCUGUUCAGCCUAAAGCUGCAGGAUCCAGCCUGCUGAACAAGUUGACCAACUCAGUGGUGCUGGAUAUCCUAAAGAUCUCUGGUGUCCGCAGUGUGGCGAGCUGCUUCGUUGUUCCCAUGGCAACAGGAAUGAGCUUGACAUUGUGCUUCCUGACUCUGCGCCACAGGAGACCUAAAGCCUGCUACAUCAUCUGGCCUCGAAUCGACCAGAAGUCCUGUUUCAAAUCUAUGAUCACAGCUGGUUUUGAACCUGUAGUUGUGGAGAACGUCCUGGAUGGGGAUGAGUUGCGAACGGACUUGGAAGCCAUUGAGCGCAAGAUUGAGGAACUGGGAGCCGAGAACGUACUGUGUGUUCACUCCACAACGUCCUGCUUUGCUCCAAGGGUCCCAGACCGGCUUGAAGAGUUGGCCACCAUGUGUGCAAAAUAUGAUAUCCCUCACAUAGUCAACAAUGCGUAUGGAGUGCAAUCAUCCAAAUGCAUGCAUCUUAUACAACAGGGGGCUCGGGUGGGAAGAAUCGAUGCCUUUGUCCAGAGCUUGGACAAGAACUUCAUGGUUCCAGUAGGUGGAGCCAUCAUUGCUGGUUUUGAUGAGGCUUUUGUUCAGGAGAUCAGCAAGAUGUACCCAGGUCGUGCGUCAGCUUCGCCCUCCCUUGACGUCCUCAUUACCCUUCUUUCUCUGGGUGCCAGCGGCUAUAAGAAGUACCUGUCAGAGAGAAAGGAGAUUUAUUCGUUCCUAGCUCAGGAGCUGAAGAAUCUGGCUUCUGCACACGGAGAGAGAUUACUUCACACCCCACAUAAUCCCAUCUCCCUGGCCAUGUCUCUAGAUGGGCUCCAGGCCUCAAGUGAUCAGGCGGUGACUCAGCUCGGCUCGAUGCUGUUCACCCGCCAAGUGUCAGGCGCCAGGGUGAUACCACUGGGUAAGGAGCAGGUCGUAAACGGACGCACGUUUUGUGGGUUCAUGUCCCACUCCAACUCGUACCCCUGCCCUUACCUCAACGCUGCUUCUGCUAUCGGCAUCACUCGGGAAGAUGUGACUUUGUGCAUGAAAAAACUGGACAAAUGCUUGAAGAUGCUGAAGAAAGAUGCAGUGAAGAGUAGUUCUACUGUGUUGGAGGUGAACCAGGAGGUUCCUGGUGAAGAAUAAAUCAGUUGAAACAUUAAGUCUGACACCAUGCUGCCUACCUUUUACUUGAUUUGUACUUUUAAAAUGGUACUUUUGUUAAUAUAUUUUCAAUUUGGAUGUUCUAAUGAGUGACAGCAGGCAUGGAUUUGUGUUUGGGUUUAAUUAGAAGUUAGAAUGACUCUGAUUUAUACCAAAGAAUAAAUCAUUGAUGGAUUAUUCUGUAUGAAUCAAAGCUUUAAAUCAUCCUUUGAGUGGAGCCUUUGAAUGAAAUACUGUUUUUUAAAAUGCACUAUCCAGUGGAAUAAAUAGAUUGUAACAUGAUCUGUUCCCUUUCUCCUGCAGCGAGUUGUAAUGCGAUGCAAGCGCUGCUGAGCCAUCAUCUUCAUCUGAAACCCUGUGUAGUGGAUUAGCUCAUUUAUUUUCAGGCUCCAGAUAAUCGAAGACGUGCGCCAAAUAUAGCCCAUUCCUGUGUUUGUGGUUUUUGUCUUGAGUUUUAAUGAAUAAAGAACAAAAACAAGUUU